AUGGGGCUCCGGGUGGCACCCCACAAAACUGAAGCAGUCUAUAUACAUGACGGCUCCCGUGGGGCUCCACCCGUGGCUCACAUUGUUGUGGAGGGAACCCGAGUUAUGGUGGGGGACCAAAUUAAAUACCUGGGCCUACACAUUGAUGGCACUUGGAGCUUCACCGAGCACUUCACUCGGCUGGCCCCUAAAGUAAACGGUGUUGCAGCAGCCCUCAGAAGACUGUUACCAAACAUCGGAGGGCCUGGCGGACACACCCGCCGAUUAUAUACAGCCACGGUGCAUGCAGUGGCACUGUAUGGGGCCCCUGUGUUGGCUGAGAGUGCGAUGGCCGUCCGUCGCAAUAAACAGCUCAUGCGCCAGGUGCAGCGUCGGAUGGCCAUUACAGUUGCACGGGCAUACAGAACGGUGGCAUAUGAGGCGGUGCUGGUCUUGGCAGGAAUCCCCCUCUUUGAGCUUCUGGCUCGAAUGUAUGCUGAAGUCUAUCAGCGCAUAAGAGAGCUUAGAGAGGGGGGAACCAUCAUAAUUGACAGGAUCAGAGUACUGCUAAGGAAGCAAGCCAGACAGGCCCUUAUUAUUAAAUGGCAAAGACGCCUUUAUGAUGAGAGCUUUGCAGGACAAAGAGUGGUCGGAGCUGUCAGGCCCCUUCUAAGCGAAUGGCUGGAGGUACAGAAAAUGAGGGGGACCUUCCAUACGACUCAGGUGCUCUCCGGGCACGGAUGCUUUGGGGAUUACUUAUGCCGGAUAGGAAAGGAGGAGACAACGAAGUGCCACCACUGCGACGGAGACUGUGACUCGGCGCAGCACACUCUACAACACUGUCCUGCUUGGACAGAGCAGCGCCGAGUCCUAGUCCACAAUAUGGGCAGUAAUGAUCUUUCCCUGUCUGCUAUUAUCCCGAUAAUGGUAGAAAGGGAGGAAGCUUGGAGGGCAUUUGCCUCCUUUUGUGGCGAUAUAAUGUCGCAAAAGGAGGCGGAUGAAAGGAUCCGCCGAGGGGAGCAGCCUGCAGAAGGCCAACCAAGAGUAAGGAGGGCGGGCAAUAUGGGCCCUCCGGACAGGCGGGUAGCCGUUAAGAGGACACAGAAAGCCACGAUGAGUCAACCCGACGACAUCCUAGCUGCGAUAAACGAGCUCUUAGAUGACCCGGUGUUCGCCUACGAUCCGCCACUGCCAGGGUCAUCCGAACAGCAGCCACCGCCGACGACUGACCGUCCGCCAACCGGCCCAGCCGCCCGACCAUCGAGCCGGCCGCCGAAAAUAAGAACGCUGCGUUCUGCAGCAAAUCAAUUAGUUUAA